GACGUCCAGGCACUUCGACAGGCUUUCGAGCAAGUGCAGGGAGAGCUACGGCAAGCACGAGCGGACGCGGACGCCGCGAGUAGAGCGGCGCAGGAGGCUGCGCAGCGUGCGCAGCAGGUGCUCGGGCAGCAGGGCGCAGCCGCAGCGGCGGCGGCGCAAGCGCCAGACCCUGGACCUGAGAGGAUGGCCGCGGAUAUGAAGAUGAUAGCCAAACCAGAGAUGUUCGAUGGGGCCAAGCCGCCAUGGAGAGACUGGUCGGUUGUGUUCGAGGCGUUCGCAGGUGCGACGAACCCGAACAUGGCGGCGGCGAUGGCCAGAGCGAAGCGAGUGGCAGAGCUGGUGCUGAUGACGAACCUCGAGCCCGGAGACAUGCAGUUGUCCAGGACGUUGGGGUACUGGCUCAUCCAGACGUGCAGGAGCCAGGCGCUCGACGUAGUGCUGAGCGCGGGCACGCUUGAGGGAUUCGAAGCCUGGCGACAAUUACACCUUCGAUUCGAGCCUCAGGCGGCGAGCAGGUACGCUGGGCAGCUGAUGGCGCUGCUGGCCUGGGACUUCAGUGGUGAGAUGAUGAUGCGCCUGGAAGCCUUCGAGAGGGAGAUCAAUUUGUACGAGUCGGCGUCGGAGGAGACCCUCUCGGACGCGAUCAAGGUUGGCAUCGUGCUGAGGCAGUUGCCCGAGUCCCCGCUGAGGCAGCGCAUAAUCAUGAAUGCGGAGAGACUCAAGGAGUGGCCCAAGUUCAGGGGAGAGGUCCUGAAUGUUCGACGAGCCCAGGCCGCAGCGGCGGCAGCGCAGAACGGGGUGGCCCCGAUGGAUCUCUCAGCGUUCAACAAACAGGGUGGCAAGGGGCGCUGCAGGAUCUGCAACGGCAAGGGCCACGACGAGAGGAACUGCUGGCACUGCAAGGGCGGAGCUGGAGCAGGCAAGGGCAAGUUGGACAGCAAGGGCAAGUCGAGAGGCGACUCCAAGUCGAAGAGUUCCUCGAUGGGCGGAAAGGCAAAGGACGGCAAGACCGGCAAGGGGCCGAAGUGCUUCAACUGCCAGGAGCACGGGCACAUGUCCAAGGACUGCCCGAAGAAGAAGAACAACCUGCGCAUGAUGGAGCCGCAACCCGAGAAGGCGCUGCGCGGGCCGUGGCUCGCGCCGUUCACGAUCGACGAGAAGGGCGUGGCGCAGAAGGCCUUCGAUCUGCUGAUCGAGGGCGGCCUGGUGGGCGACGAGCUGGUGCGCGAGCUGAGCAGGCUCGGUGCGGACACGGCGCGGGCAUCCCGCAAGAUGGUGCUCGGUGUCGAUUCGUGUGCAGCUACGACGGUCGUGCCAUCAGAGCUAGCGCCGGACUACCCGACGUACGAGAAUGACAUGAGUGCGAAGGGUGAAGGCUACAUGACCGCGAACGGCGGCUGGGUGGCCGACGAGGGCACUAAGGAGCUCAUCGGGUCGGUGCGCAACUCGGACGGCUCGGCGCAGGUGAGAGGCAUCAAGGCUAGGGUCGCGAAGGUCAGCAAGGCACUCGCCUCUGUCUCGGAGAUGGUCGACGCUGGCCAUCGGGUCGUCUUUGACGCUGGCGGCAGCUACGCGCAGAACAAGUCGACAGGGGUGAUUGCACCGUUCCAAAGGCGCAACAACGUGUACGAGAUGGAGGUGGAGCUGAUGCCGUACAGCAAGGCGAAGGACGUGAUCGGCCGCGCGGAGGCCUGGUCCAAGCCCGGCGCGAACGGCAAGAAGCAGAAGGAAAUCUGCAUGGUGAGGAGCCAUGCGGAGGAUGCGAUACCAGUCGUGGCAUUUGACUACGGCUGCUUCGGCAGCGGCGAGGACGCGGCCCCGAUUCUGUUCAUGAGGGACUCGCUGCACAGGUACACGGGCGCGGAGGUGUUGACCUGCAAGGGGGCGGCGCGCGCGCGCAGCGCCGACAUGCCGGUGAAGUUCGCGGUCAACGGCGGCUGCAAGAAGGUGGUCUUCAGGUGCGACAACGGGCCGAGCAUCAUCGCCCUGAGGGUCGAGGCCGUCAAGAAGCUCAAGAAGGACCACGGCGUGGAGUGCUUGCUGGAGACCUCGGCGGUUGGAGAGUCGCAGUCGAACGGUCUAGCUGAAGGAGCUGUCAGGGAUAUGAAGGGCCUGACGAGGACCCUCAAGCACGCGGUGGAGGAGAUGCACUGA